UUUUCGGUUUAGAAUGAGAUGGUAGUAUAUAUUUCCUUAAGUUAAACAGAAUAAAAGCGAAAACAGAGGAAAAAAACGGAUGAUAGGUGUUGUUAUGUACGCAACAUGAUGUUGUCAUUUACGUGUAGUCGUAGGUGAAAUGUGAAUGAAUUGUCUAUCACAAAAAUAAAUUGUUGUAUAACAAUUCGACAUCAGGCAGUCAUUAAUAAAUGGCUUCCUGUCAAAUAUGCCACCAGUCCCACCUCAAAAAGAAUUACCAAACUACGCAGAUUCAUUAUGGGUCGCCUACUCAGUAUCUGUUUUAGCAGCAUGGAACUCAGAAUUUGUUACCUACCCUUUAGAUCUAAUAAAAACAAGACUUCAAAUACAGGGUGAAAUUGCCAAUAAACAAGAAGAGAAACUCGUUAAGGCCCCAAAGAGGGGGAUGUUUCGUACCACUGUUGGAAUAGUGAAAGAGGAGGGAGUAACUAAGCUAUGGCAAGGGGUGAGUGCUGCAUUAGUGAGGCAUAUGAUAUACUCUGGUACUCGAAUAGUUUCCUACAUAACGUUCAAAGAAAAAGUAUUCAAAAAGGGCAAGAAAGAUGUGUUCCCAAUAUGGCAAUCUGCAAUUUGCGGUGUAAGCGCUGGCGCUUUUGCGCAGUUCAUCGCCAGUCCAACAGAUCUGUUGAAGGUGCAGUUACAAAUGGAAGGAAAAAGGAAAAUAAUGGGCUUGCCCCCUAGGGUUACUGGCUUGUUUGAUGCUUUCAAUAAAAUCGUGAAAUCGUCUGGGUAUAGGGGUUUGUGGAAAGGUUCAAUACCGAAUGUGCAAAGAGCUGCUUUAGUCAAUCUUGGGGACCUAACUACGUACGAUACCGCCAAGCGUUUCAUACUGAGAAAUACCUCACUUGAAGACAACCAUUUUUGCCAUUUAUUAGCCAGUGCCUGCGCGGGAUUGGUGGCUGCGGGGUUGGGUACCCCCGCAGAUGUGGUGAAGACCAGGGUUAUGAAUCAGCCCUUGGAUGAACAUGGAAGGGGGAUGAUAUACAAAGGUUCAAUAGACUGUUUACUAAGUACAAUAAAAAACGAGGGCUUUCCCGCGCUUUAUAAGGGUUUUUUCCCUAUAUGGUUGAGGAUGGCUCCUUGGUCACUGACAUUUUGGAUAUCGUAUGAGGAAAUAUUAAAGACACUCGGUGCAAAGCAAUUCUAGUUUUAGAACAUUUGUAUUUAGAUUUACAAAAUGGUUAUUAGCCAACAUGCAUAUGGAUUACUGAGCUGCGAAUUUUUUAUGUGCAAUCAUUGUGGAUAUAAAUAAAGUUGGAGUACAUUAUUAA